AUGCAUGAGUCCUUCAAAUUGUACAAAGAAAAAGUGAAGGCUUAUCAUGACAAGAAGCUGCUAAAGAAAUACUUCCGAUCGGGUCAACAAGUUCUAUUAUUCAACUCAAGAUUAAAGCUGUUUCUAGGCAAGUUAAAAUCUAAAUGGUCUAGACCAUUCACCAUCAAGGAGGUCAAGCAUUAUGGAGCAGUGGAAUUAUUUGACCCUCAAUCAGAAACUUCAGAUAGAAGCUGGAUAGUAAAUGGCCAGAGAUUGAAGCUAUGCCAUGGUGGGAACAUUGAGAGAUUGACCACCAUUCUGCAAUUACAAGACCUCUAG